AUGGAGAUUUCGCUAAAUAAUAACAUAAUUGCAGCUCUUGUGUUAAUGAUGUUUCUGGCGAUUACGUUCAUGCUGUACAAUUUUCACCGCGCAAGGAUGGCAACAGCUGCAAACAACGUACAAAAGGAGGAAAAGGAGCCUCAAGAACAUGACGAGAGAUUUGAAACAAGUAAGCUAUGCUUAUACGAAAUUAAAUUGAUAUUAAUGGUUUAUUAUGAAGCCCCAGUAUGAAAGGAAUUGUGCUUACCUAUGUCAAAUUUCUAAGCGGGUUAUAUAAGAGAGCUCCUCUACGACAAUGACAGCUUUGUCGAUUUGAUAAGGUGUUAUGGUUAGUUCAUAAUUGGCUUGCAUCAGUUGCAGAUUUAAUUCCACCGCCUUAAUUUUGAAGCAAUUGAAUUUUAAAGACAAGUUGUAAAAACCGGUCGAGUGUAUAUCGCUUUUGCACUUUUCAACGGUUAGUGGUGGCGAGAAAAUUUUUAAUGUUUCUUUCAAAGUCAGCUUAUAACAUUACGGAAUAACAAUCAACGAUUGAUAUGGCAACAACUUGAUGCCAAUAAAUGGUUCAAUGCGCUCAAGCAUUAAGUGAUAAUUACUGAUCAUGCAAAAUAUUGAUAGAGUCACGCUAUGUUAGAGGACAAGUCACUAAAUUGUUUGUUGAAAAGCGUAAGAUCUUUAUUAUAGAAACAGACAAGUCAAUUCAUUCUUUUACUUGAAUUUUUCAUUUUAUAAACCAUUUUUAAAAAGAUGCAACUGUAUUGUGGAUCAUCCAAAGUUGACAUAAGUAGCAAUGACGUCAUUCAUUCGUAAAGUGAUCGGUAGUGUCCUUCAGUCUGGAACCCCUGCGCUGUACCUGAAAGCUCACGCUAAUCGAUUUCGCAAGGAUUCCGUUCCCACUUGUCUUGUUAUGUUUCAUUUAAUAACUGCUACCUCCUGCUACCUCAAGGCUGUGUGGAAUCUUGAUAUUUUGAAUUACUGAGCGUGCUAUAGAACAUGAUAGAAUCAUGAGUUCACAAUCGUAACGGUCUCUUGUGUCCAUUCAAACGUACUUUUAGAACAUGUAGGAAGACGUCAAUGAAAGUAUACUGACACGUACUACUGCAGGCUGCCUUAAAGUUUAUUUAAGAUUGGCCGCACGACUUUUAUACCCAAAUUCAAGGGCAAGAAAACGCUGGUUGGUGACUCGCAUUUGUAGGUUGGGGGCAGGAAAAAAGGACGGGACAAGGCUCCUGAUUAAAGCAAUAAAGGAAGCUAACCUAGGUGUGGUUUCAAUGUUAUUUGACCUUUAAAAGAUACAGUUUAAAGAAAAACAGCCCGCCGAUGACAUUGAACGCUUUUUUUUUUUAAUUUGCUUUGUUCUCUCUUCCCGUGCAGUGAUAUGGCUAUGCUCAAGCAUGAGGUACUGGCCAGGCCGUGGGUUGGUGUAUGUGCCAGUAUCCAUUGCUUUAAGUUUGCCCUUCUUCUUUCCGCUUCUUGUUCUCCUCACAAACAGCAUUUUUGUAUGAUCUUGUGUGGGUUAAAUAUUCAAACAAAUCACGGAAAAAGUUUCCGAUAAGCUGCGUGGCACUUUAGAAAGUAAAUAAGGGAACGGUUCAGAUAAAAAAAAAAUGUUCUAGUGAACAAAAGUGCCGUUUUGUGGUUUGAGUUCCUUUCCAAUCAUUUCGGGCCAGGGGCCCGUUUCUCCAAGUUCCGAUAAUUAACUGGCCCGUAAAGCUGUUGUUGUUUACAUGCAAGAUAAAAGUUUCAACAUGAUUUAAUGAAACAUUUUGGAGUAUUUUGCAAGCCAGGACCCGCGCUCUUAUUCUUUUUAUUUCGAUUUGAAUAUUUGAUUUCGGGCCCGAAAAGUUAUCGGGACUUUGGAGAAACGAGCCCCUGGCCCUUUAUGAUCAUUGGAGUUAAAUAUUGCCCUCACGCCUCAGGACGCCCACAGUGAUAUCAAAAUCAGCAAGUAAUAAUGCAUAACAAAGAGCAACACAGGAAAUGACGCUCGAUGAUUCUUGCCUGAAUGGUUCCAUUGUCGGUGCAUGGGUCCGUAACACAUCGGAGCACACUGUGCGGCGUAUAGCGAACUGGAGACUAUUUUUUUAAAAAAAGAUGAAAUUCUUGGUCUCGAUGACUAAAUGAAUGGAACAGGACACUGAUACACUUAUGCUUGUUAUAAGUAACGAUUGAACUACUUUUCCAGUCUAAGGGUUAACCCUUAGCUAUAUCGGGGUUAACUAAUCAAAGCUCCUUGAAUGACCAAACGUUAAAGUAUUUAUCAGAAGACUAAAGUGGCUUGAUGAGCGCGACCGUGCAAUAUAUUUGUUGGUAACAAGGUCAAACAUUGGCGUGCAAGACGUUAUAGCGCGUUCUAGUCUAAAUUCUUUGCCACUGAAAUUAUUAAGCAUAUCAAGACUGACCGCAUACAUUUAAGACCCGGAUUACCACUCUAAAUGGGUAAUUUAACGUUUUCAAUAUUAUUUUAACACAGCCUUUUGUUUUCUCCCCAUGUUUUAUAGUUGUUCGAAGACGAAGAGGCAGCAGACUUAGUCUACCUUGUAUUCUGACGACUGGUUGA